GAAACGCGAGAGGUACAUUGGACAUACGAGCCGUGACGUCGCCACUUUUGGGAAGGCGCUGAUUGGAGGAUGCGGGGGGUAUAUAUAGACGUCACCGGCGCCAGGGCCUUCUUUCUCUCCGACUCCAGGGAGGCCUCCAUACGGCGUUGCAACCGCGUUUCCUAUCGUUGCUUCAAAAGGAAACCUUCACAAUGUCCGGAGGUCUUGAUGUCCUGCAAAUGAAGGAGGAAGAUGUCCUCAAAUUUCUUGCUGCAGGAACCCACUUGGGAGGAACCAACUUAGAUUUUCAAAUGGAGCAAUAUAUUUAUAAAAGAAAAAGUGAUGGCAUUUACAUCAUCAACCUGAAGAGAACUUGGGAAAAACUGUUGUUGGCUGCCCGUGCCAUUGUUGCGAUUGAGAACCCAGCUGAUGUGAGCGUCAUCUCCUCCAGAAACACUGGACAGCGUGCUGUUUUGAAAUUUGCUGCCGCUACUGGUGCAACACCAAUCGCUGGCCGUUUCACUCCUGGCACCUUCACCAAUCAGAUUCAGGCAGCCUUCCGUGAACCCCGCCUUUUGGUAGUCACUGAUCCAAGAGCUGAUCAUCAGCCAUUGACUGAAGCAUCUUACGUGAAUAUCCCCACCAUUGCCUUGUGCAAUACGGAUUCUCCUCUGCGUUAUGUGGAUAUUGCCAUUCCAUGCAACAACAAGGGAGCUCACUCAGUUGGCCUUAUGUGGUGGAUGUUGGCUCGUGAAGUCCUGCGUAUGCGUGGAACUAUUUCUCGUGAGCAUCCAUGGGAGGUGAUGCCCGAUCUCUACUUCUACCGGGAUCCUGAAGAGAUUGAGAAGGAAGAGCAGGCCGCAGCUGAGAAGGCGGUUACAAAGGAAGAGUUCCAGGGCGAAUGGACUGCUCCUGCCCCUGAAUUUACAGCACCACCACAACCGGAGGUGGCUGAUUGGUCUGAAGGGGUGCAAGUGCCCUCUGUGCCCAUACAACCAUUCCCAGCAGAGGAUUGGAGUGCACAGCCUGCCACUGAAGACUGGUCUGCUGCUCCCACUGCUCAGGCAACUGAGUGGGUAGGGACUACCACAGAGUGGUCCUAAUGUUAUCAGCAGGAAUUCAAGAAGGCAGUGAGAAAUGAAAAUAAAAGAUCUUUCUUAUUGAA